AUGAACCCAAAAGGAAAACAAGCCGGAGCAGCAGCACCUGGAUGUCAAUCAAAGACUAUGAAACAAGUCCCUGAAGAUGUGGUUGUGGGGAUUCUUUCAAGACUGCCGGUUAAAUCUCUCUGCCGGUUCAAGUGCACGUCGAAGGUAUGGUGCAACCUAAUCUCCGAUACUCGGUUUGUGAAGAUGCAACUAAACCAAUCUAUUGAGUCCAAGAGAGGAAGAUGUGUGAUGGAUAUAAGCCAAUCUAUUGAGUCAGAGACAGGCAUAUGCGUCUUGCGUCCUCGUCGUUUCGAGUUGGAUUACGGGCGUUUGUUUAGUGGAAACGAAGUGAAGCUGGUGGAGGUGGAUUCAUCGUUCGGCCUGAAAAUCAUAGAUAAUGGUUGGACUAUGCAUGUAUGGGAUUCAUGCAAUGGCUUGUUGUGUGUUUAUGUUUAUCCACGGAACAUAGCGUUGGUUAAUCCAUCAACCAGACAAACCAAUAUAAUUCUGUGCAGUCAUGGUCCCAAAAAUAAGCCCAAACCACAGCCAUUAUUAGGUGGGUUUGGAUACGAUGCCUUGCACGAUGAUCAUAAGGUCGUAGUGAUAAUUGACCGUACCAUGGUAGAAGUUUACUCUUUAAAAUACUGUGCAUGGAGUCCCAUUGGGGAUUUCCCUCAUGAUUCAGAAAUCAUAGGUGGUGGUGUACACGUUAAUGGAGUUAUCCAUUGGAUUACUUUGUACGGGUCGGAAUCGGUUGUGAGCAUCACUGCUUUUGACCUAUCGAAGCAAGAAUUCUCGAGGAUCACGACACCAAUUCCCCAAGAUGAUUAUGUAUGGCUUCAUUUGCUUUCAUUGGGAGGAAAUCUUUGUAUUGGGUAUAAUCAUGAAACAUCUUAUGAAUUUUUGGUCAUGGAAAUCCAUGGCAAGGAAAAUUCGUGGAAAAGGACUGUUUUGAAAUUCAUUUAUCGGAGCAUACCCUUCGUGCUCGAUUUUCCGAGGAGUGAAGAAGCUUUGAUCAUAAGCAAUGGGUGUUUGUUCAUAUAUAAUCAUCGAGAUAAGACUCAUAGAAGGGUGAAUUAUGCCGAGGAGAAGCUUAUUUAUGGUUUUUCAUACGUGGAGAGCCUAGUUUCUCUUUAG